CUGCUGCUGCCGCUGUUGUAAAGGUUUUUUCUACACCGUCACUGUCGUACGGGGCUCCGGCCCGGGCUUUCACCGCCCCCAGCUGCUGAGAAACGGGAAAGAAAUGUGUCACCCGUGUGCGAAUGAGGCGACAGACACCAGCUACAAUAAAAUAGAUAAACCAUCAUGAUUCCCAUCACAGAGCUCCGGUACUUUGCUGACACCCAGCCAACGUACCGUAUCCUGAAGCCAUGGUGGGACGUUUUCACAGACUACAUCUCAAUCAUCAUGCUGAUGAUUGCAGUGUUUGGUGGUACACUGCAGGUCACACAGGACAAGAUGAUCUGCCUGCCUUGCAAAUGGGUGGUCAACAAGUCAUGCGAGACCAUGCCCAUCUCAAAUACGACCACCCUCUAUGCAUCAGAACCAAAAGGCAUUCAGUAUGACCUUGACCGUCAUCAGUAUAAUUAUGUCGAUGCUGUCUGCUACGAGACUGAGCUACACUGGUUUGCCAAAUAUUUCCCCUAUCUGGUGCUACUUCACACCCUCAUCUUCUUGGCCUCUAGCAACUUCUGGUUCAAGUUUCCCCGCACAAGCUCAAAACUGGAGCACUUUGUCUCCAUCCUCCUCAAGUGCUUUGACUCCCCAUGGACAACAAGGGCUUUGUCUGAGACUGUGGUGGAAGAGAGUGAUCCUAAACCUCUUGGAAAAAUGAACGGUUCAAUGGAUAAAAAAGCCUCUUGCGUGAGCGAGGAUGUUGAGGCUAGUGUGCCAAUGCUUCAACGAACAAAGUCCAGAAUUGAACAAGGAAUAGUCGAUCGCUCUGAAACUGGGGUUCUAGAUAAAAAAGAAGGGGAGCAGGCGAAGGCUCUUUUUGAGAAGGUGAAGAAGUUCAGGAUCCACGUAGAGGAGGGUGAUAUAGUGUACCGUCUAUACAUACGUCAGACCAUUAUCAAAGUUAUCAAGUUUCUACUCAUUAUUAGCUACACAGCCUACUAUGUAGGUUACAUCAGGUUCAGUGUAGUGUGCACAGUGAACCUUCAGAAGCUAACAGGGUAUAACACAUUCUCUUGUGCCCACCCAUUGGCAACACUUUUCAAGAUUUUGGCCUAUUUCUACAUCAGUUUGGUAGUGGUUUAUGGUUUAAUCUCCAUGUACACUCUGUGUUGGAUGCUCAGCCGCUCCCUCAAAAGAUACUCCUUCGAAUCAAUCCGGGAGGAGAGCAGCUAUAGUGACAUCCCUGACGUGAAGAACGACUUUGCCUUCAUGUUACACAUGAUAGACCAAUAUGACCCUCUGUAUUCCAAGCGCUUUGCUGUAUUUCUGUCAGAGGUGAGUGAGAACAAGUUGAGGCAGCUGAACCUUAACAACGAGUGGACGUUGGAGAAGUUGAGGCAGCGCAUCACCAAAAACUCUCAGGAAAAGCUGGAGCUACAUCUGUUCAUGCUCAGUGGGAUCCCAGACACAGUAUUUGAUCUCAUAGAGCUUGAAGUGCUAAAGCUGGAGCUCAUCUCUGACGUAACUAUACCACCAAUCAUUGCCCAGCUUUCCAACCUGAGAGAGAUGUGGCUUUACCACACACCAGCUAAAAUCGAGGCUCCAGCUCUGGCUUUUCUGAGAGAAAACCUGAAGUCACUCCAUAUCAAGUUCACUGACAUCAAGGAGAUCCCACUGUGGAUCUACAGCCUGAAAAACCUCAGUGAGUUGCACUUAACUGGGAACCUGAGUGCAGAGAACAAUCGUUACAUUGUCAUUGAUGGGCUCAGAGAGCUCAAAAGGCUCAAAGUUCUCCGUCUGAAAAGUAACCUGACCAAGCUGCCACAGGUAGUGACAGAUGUGGGCGUCCACCUCCAGAAGCUCUCCAUCAAUAAUGAGGGUACCAAGCUUAUGGUGCUCAACAGCCUGAAGAAAAUGGUCAACCUGACGGAGCUUGAGCUUGUUCGCUGUGACCUUGAACGCAUCCCCCACUCCAUCUUUAGUCUGCACAACUUGCAGGAGAUUGACCUGAAGGACAACAAUCUGAAGACAAUAGAAGAGAUCAUCAGCUUCCAGCACCUGCAUCGGCUGGUGUGCCUCAAACUGUGGUACAAUCAGAUCGCCUACAUCCCCAUUCAAAUCGGAACGCUUACCAACCUGGAGAGGCUCUAUUUAAACAGAAACAAGAUUGAGAAAAUCCCCAGCCAGCUUUUCUUCUGCCGCAAGCUGCGGUUCUUGGACCUGAGUCAUAACAACCUAACCAACAUCCAUGCUGAUGUUGGUUUCCUCCAGAACCUGCAGUACUUUGCUGUGACAGCAAACAGGAUUGAGACUUUGCCCCCAGAGCUCUUCCAGUGUAAGAAGCUGCGUACUCUGAAUCUGGGUAACAACUGCCUCCAGACGCUGCCUUCGCGCUUUGGAGAGCUCACAGGGUUGACCCAGCUAGAGCUGAGAGGGAACCGUCUGGAGUGUCUCCCGGUGGAGCUCGGCGAGUGUCGACUGUUGAAGAGGAGUGCACUGGUGGUGGAGGAGGACGUGUUCACCACGCUGCCAUCAGAAGUCAAAGAACAGCUUUGGAGGGCGGAUAAGGAGCAAGCUUGAGCCAAAUCCUUGGUGGUGAGAGAAGUUUGAUCAAAGAAAAAAACAAGCAGUGAUUGUUCUUGUUUACGAAAGAGACGCAAACCUCUGUUUGUGAUGAGGCUUUCCUAACAGGGUCUGUGAAAACAUGGACGUCACAUUUCAAGAAUUUUAAUGAUAACUUGGUUUAGAAAUAUGUUUUUUCUGUCAUUUCAUCCCACAGGGAUGCAAGUAGGUGACAUCUAAUAUGCAUGCCACAGGACCUGUCAAAAGCAAACCCGUUUAUUGGAAAGGGCGUAAAAAAACUGAAACACUUUGCACGAUUGAGGCUGACGAGUAAGCUAAACAUGCUUACAUCACCUCUUUGCAGUGGCAUACACGCACAAAUGUAACAUACUCAGAGCAGUGUUGCCUGCCGUUCCUUUUGCCUUGAGCCUCAAAAUGUAACUUUUUUUACAAUUACAUUUGCAGUUGUGGUGCAGUGUGACUUAGAAUGCUAGCAGACUCAACAUUACAGUGCAUCUGACAACCAAUUUGGUAAGCCCCAAAGGUCUGCCUCUUUGGUUUUCAGGCUCCUCUCCUGUACAUUCAACAUGCUUUCGGUGCGAGAUUUUACAUGAAUGGAGUGACUCCGUGAGAAAGAUCAGGAGAUAAUCCUGUACGUGAUCUCACAGCUUAGGCCUUAACUUAAUGAAACGACAUCAAAGAAUAACUGUUCAGCAAAAAAGAAAAGGGAACACAUUUUACUGUACACUGUCUGAAUAGACUGCAGUUUUUGUAGUUAUAAUGUCAGCCUGUUAUGUUGGAAGUUGUGGAGUUAUGGUGAAGAAAUGCAUCAUUCUUCUUGGACUCUUUAUUUUGCUUAUGAAAACAUCGCAUCCUCUGCAUGGCGAAACAUUGCAGACAUUACUGGUGUAUCUUAAGGUUAUGAGAGAUGUGUUUUUAUAUGGGUGGUUAUAUGGGUGGAUUUCACUCCCCUAAACAUAAUUGCGUGUUUUAAAAUGCUACCACAACCUGGUAUCAUGUCUCUGUAUGCGAGUCAGGCCACAGAGUGAUUGGAAAUUCCAGGCAGUGAUUAAAUGCCUUCAGUUAAGAAUUGCUAUUAAUAUUAUUAUUAUAAUUAUAAUUAUUGUUGUUGUUGUUCAUUUUGUUAUCACUCAGUCACCACAACACUCCAGAAUAAGAACACAUAGAAAGGUUAUGGGAUGUAUACUUGUAGUGCAAGAUCCUGUGACCUUUGUUCAAUUGAAGGCACGUUGCUUCGCUGAUGAGAUUAAAAUUACACAUUGUCCUGUUGCUCACACAUUCAGACAACACACAGUCACAGAAGUCAUUCUUAGUUAUUUUCCAAUUCUGUUAUGCGCGAUUGCACAAGCAAGUCAAUAAAAAUACAGAAAUCAAGGCACAUGUAAUGCCUUGUAUAAUUUUUAAUCAUGAGUCCCGUGAGAAAGGAUAAUUGCUUAUAUGGCACUACAGAGAGGAUGAGCUGAAGAUGUAAGACAAGACAGACUUUACUCUCUGCCAGGUACUGCCAGUCUGAAAAUGAAAAGUGUUGACAUCCGUGACAUUUUAUUUUAUUUAUUAUGCCUGGUUUAUUCCAGGAAAAAUGGAACUUUGAUUAAUCGCUGAAUAACAAAAUAAGGACACACAGGGAAUUGCAGAGUGAACGAAACAGGUUUUAGUGACCUACACAAGGGAAACAUUUAUUUGUAGAGAAAGAGAGUAUGCAGAGUAUGUGAUUUCAUGGUGCAUGGUGCAAAUCAGUGCAAACACUGCUUUGUGUGCUUGAAACACUUUUCUUUGGCUUAGGAUUUAAUAGCAUAAUUUAGCGUAUAUCUGCUAGGUUAAACCCAUCCAGGCAUCUCUAAUAUGGCCUUACCUUUUACAAGCAGUAUGCCCUGUUAAUGAUCACAAACAUGUUAUUUCAUGUAAAAUGUACAGCUGAAAUGUAUAACCUCUUUGUUUCCUGUAUAUCAGUUAGUGAUCUUAUUGUUAUCAGUCUUUUUCCCUUCUCCAUCUUUUUUUUUUAAUUUUUUGUUUUAGCCGUUGAAUAGUUUCAUUGUAAUAAUACAACCGCACUAUUGUUCCCCAUGGGUUAUGUUGCACUGAGGCCUUAGUUGAAUCCAAAUGUCCUUCUAGGAGUCACAUGUUAAUUGCUCCCUUACUGUCUUAAAGUGCAGUCCUGUGUUGUCUUCAUGUGUUCAUUAGCAACCAGUUUUAAAGGUCAGAGAUGCAGUCAAAUGCAAAAAAGGAACAGAUGACACCAAGGAAGGCAGUAAUGCCAUGCACAUGUGACAUAUUUACACAUUAGUUUUGAAGUAGCAUGUCCACUUCAGUAUCUUGGCUCUGGUUAAAUUUUUAUGGUGCUAAGUGAUAGCAAGAUUAUUUCUUUUCCAUUUUACAUACAGUAGCAACAAAUAGUGUCCUUUUACCAGCUCGAUGCAUAUAGUAAUUUAGUUACCAGUCCAUAAAACUGCAUAUAAGACAUUAUAUUGCAGUGUCAUAGUUCAUUGUAGUGGUGCAGUGCAGCUGAAACUAAAAACCUCCCUGUUGCUUUGGGCUCUUCUGCCAUAACUUGCUAGUCAUGUUAGAAGUUCAACAGUCUUGCACAAAAAUUCUUUUUUCAUGGUUGUGGUUUAUUGAGAAGAUGUUCUGACAUGUAGUGCAUGUGUCCAGCCCUAAAUUAUUUCAGGUGUACUUGAGUACUCUUGAACUUCAGGGAAGCCAUUUGAGUCUUUCUCAGGGCGUCACUGGGAGCUUAUUCACGUCGUAUCAGAGUUGUUGGAUUUGCUAAAAAUGUUCGUGAACAACUGCACUAGUUUUUUGUCAAAGUUUAGAUUUGUAUCCACAAACAUUGUUUGUUCUGACCUCCAGACGAAUGACGACAGUAAUGUCAAGAUACUUCGCUUUGAGUCAUGUGUUGAGUUAACCUUACCCCCAUUCCAUUUCCUGUGAGUCAGUGUGACUGUGUGAAAUGAGCUCAGUCAGCCUUAAAGGGAGGACAUUUGUGACUAAUGAAAUGCCCCAUGGUAACAAACAGCUCUUGCACGUGAUUAGUUAUCAUGUCUAAUGUUAUCACCUUUAAAAGCCACAAUCGACAUAUUUAAAAUUAGUUUUCUGCUUGCAUUUGCAUUCUUUGUUAAUAUUUAAAUGUAUGUUUCAGUCUGAAAUAUAGCGGAGUGUCUGUUUGUAUAGGUAUGCCUUAAGUAGUGUAGUUGUUGUGAAGCAGAGUUAUUGAUCAGUUUAUUCUCACAAGUAAUUACCAGUUUUUGUCCCCAAAAACAAGACAGUGUUCCACAAAUGCACAGAACCAACUCUUGACAAUCUUUCAUUGUACAUAACGGUACACAGCAUCUGUUAAUGUGUAAUAUUCCUGAACCACUUAUAUAAUCGUGUCACAUACCAUUUCACAAGAAAAUCAAACAAUCCCACUCAAAUAACUGCCAUGGUUGCAUUGACAUCUUUUCUCUAUUUAUGUAUGAAAAAUGAAAUGUUUUUUUUUGUUAUGAUUGUAUGUACUGUGUAUGGCAUUUUUCUGUGUUCUGAAGCCUGUAGUUCAGGGCUAUAAGAAGUGCUGGUUGAUUUCCUUAUCUGGUGUCCUGUCCAUUUCAUUUUGCAGCAUGAAUUUGUUGAUGUUGAACUUAUGUGCAUUAUAGCCAUACUAGAGCUGCCCACAUACACCCAGCCACAGUCAUUGCUGAAUAUAAGCCUGAACGCUGAAUCACAUGACACAUAUAUGACAAGGCCUUUAUGAAUUUACUGUUGCCAAGUGGACUGGACAUUGGCUUUUGAAGCUCGAUGUCUAUUUCAAUGAAGAACUAAACUUUGAUUUCCUAAUGUUCAAACCCUACUUUUGUACCAUUCUGACACAUAAUAAUAAAAGUAACACUUAACACGAA